AUGCCAGUAUAUCAAAAUGUUCCAAUUGACGAAACAAUUCCUGCUAAUGCCAGAAGGAGGAAAGAGAAAUUAGCAAUGUUUGUUGUAAUUUUUCUCUUUUUCUUCUGUUUUUCAUCACUGGCUUGGUAUUUUCAUGAGAAACCAAAUAGUGCAUCAUCUUCGAAACCACUUAUUGGGUACUAUCGAGAAUGGGGAGAUAAACGAAAUAACUCCACAUAUCAUUUUGAAAUAUUGGCACAGUUAAUUCAUUCUAGAGCAGUUACGGAUGAAAGUGGGAAUGUCGAAGAAAAGUUCAAUGUGAUUAAUAACCUUCUUUCCUCUUAA